AUGCUCCCGCAAUGUGCAGGCCCCAUCUGGGCUGUGGAUGAUCUCUCUAGAUGUUUCCAACGCAACACCCUGCAAGUAACAUUGCCCCUCGCAGCUUGCAGCUUAUCCCUCCUCUGGAUUGUCCUUCGCCUAGCAUAUCGCUAUUUCGUUUCCAAACAAGGUGUCGCCUACAAGGUUCUUCCGAACGAUGUCUCGGAAAAUGAGGCUCCUAGCAGCCCGGAAUCGGAAUCCGACCCAAUGCUGUUUCAGGCAGCUCAAACAGAACAAUUGAAGCUAGAAAUCGAUCGUCCGCGUGGACAAUUUAUCGUCAUUUCACUGGAAAUCGCAGCCUUGGUAGGCCAGGUUGCGGUCUAUGUGUGUAUCCUAUCAACUGAAGCUUGGGGUCGCCAUGGAAUAUUUCCCGCAAUCGCGGGUUUGGUAUCCUGGGGUUAUAUACUGUUCUUGGUUUUAGUGCGUUUGCUACUGUCUACAAUGGAAAUUUUGUCGGCACCGCGCCUAUGGAAUCAUACUGCAGCACUAUAUGGAUUACAAUGGCUUUUCAACAUCAUGGUCUUCCGAUCUGCCAUAAUUCACCCGCUCUCAAAACACGCCCUCAUUCUCAGCAGUAUUGGAUUUGCCCUGGGUACAUUACUGGUUCUAAUUUCCUUGACUACUCGCCGUGGCAACAAGCCCGUCUAUGUGGAACGUGAAGAUGGAUUGGAACCUCCACGCUACCCCAUGGCCAGUCUCUUAUCUCUCGCCACAUUUGCCUGGCUGGAUCCCCUUGUCAUGAAGGGUUACCGACAGCCAUUGGAACUGGAGGAUGUUUGGAACUUGACACCACACCAAAAGGCAGCAGCAGUUUUGACCGACUUUCAAAGCAGGAAGAUGAAGGGAUCUUUGGCUUGGAAGCUGCUUAGAUUCUUCAUUGGAACCAUUUUGAAGCAAGGCGCCUGGACCAUCUUUGCCAAUUUGUUUGUAUUCGUUCCCAGCUUACUUUUGAAGGCGAUCCUCGAGUAUGUUGAGGACCCUCGAUCAACUACCCCCAAUGCUGCUUGGUUGUAUGCAAUUCUUCUCUUCUGCUCUGCUAUUGUUCAGGGCGUCGCUGAUGGCCAAGCGCUCUAUAUUGGUCGUAAGAUGGGUGUGAAAAUCCGUGCGAUCAUUAUCGGUGAGAUCUACUCAAAGGCUCUCCGCCGCAAGGCUGGCGCGUCGUUGGAUGCUGUUCGCAAAGCAACAGAGGAGCAGCAGGAGGCACCCAAGAGCAAAAAGAAGUCUCUCAAGAGUAAGCUCCUCUGCUUUGGUCGGGACAAGAAGUCCUCCAAUGAGAAUGAUACCGAGACAGGUCGCAAGGUUGAGGCCGACGUGGAGGAAGCUGCCAUGCAGGCUAAUGUCGGUACUAUCAUCAACUUGAUGGCCAUUGAUUCCUUCAAGGUUAGUGAGGUUGGAGCUUACUUGCAUUUCUUGUGGGCCAGUGUCCCUGUGCAAAUCACUAUGGCCAUCACCCUGCUAUACAAGAUCAUGGGAUUCAGCUCAUUUGCUGGUAUCGUCAUCAUGGUUUUCAUGCUGCCGGUAAACCUCUUCAUCGCUCGUCAGUUCAACAAAGUCCAAAACCAAAUCCUCAAGGGUACGGAUGCUCGUAUUCAUGCUACCAAUGAAGUACUUCAAAAUAUCCGUAUCAUCAAGUACUUUGCUUGGGAACAGCGUUUCCAGGAUGUUGUCAAUGAAAAGCGCAAGGCCGAGCUCAAAUCCUUGCGCAAACGUUAUAUCCUGUGGUCUUGUGCGGCCACAGUUUGGUACGGUACACCUAUCUUGAUCACCUUCAUGUCAUUCUUCUUGUACACUGUUGUCGAGAAGAAGCAGUUAACACCCUCAAUCGCGUUCCCUGCCUUGUCAAUGUUCUCGCUGCUGCGUGUGCCCUUGGACCAAUUGGCCGAUAUGGUGGCACACGUACAAGAAUCACAGGUCUCUCUCGCUCGUGUUGAUAAGUAUCUCAACGAAGAAGAGACCGAGAAGUAUGAACAGCUCCGUCAUACUAGCGGUGUCUCGGAUGGCCCUGCCCAGAUUGGACUAGAGAAGGCGACUCUCACAUGGGGAACCUCUAAGCCCCAACCACAGCAGGCUUCCUCUGCUGAGACUGGUGCAGAUGCGUUCCGCCUCAUUAACAUCGAUGUUAAGUUCCCGAUUGGUCGUCUGAGCAUUGUCGCUGGCCCUACCGGAUCUGGUAAAACUUCUAUGCUUAUGGCUCUGCUUGGUGAAAUGCGACUCAUUGAAGGUCGUGUCCACCUCCCCGGUGGAGUGUCAAGUCGUGCCGAGCUUCCAGUUGACCCCGCCACUGGCCUGAUUGACAGCGUCGCUUACUGUGCCCAGGAAGCCUGGCUAGUGAACGACACUGUGAAGGAGAACAUCACAUUUGCUUGCCCCUGGGACGAGAAGCGUUACCGUGCAGUCAUCAAGGCAUGUGCCCUGGAACGGGAUCUUGAAAUCCUUGAUGCCGGUGACCAGACCUUGGUUGGUGAGAAGGGAAUCAGUUUGUCUGGUGGCCAGAAGCAGAGAAUCUCUCUUGCUCGGGCUGUCUACAGCAGUGCGCGACACUUGCUUCUGGACGACUGUCUCUCUGCCGUUGAUUCGCACACUGCCAAGCACAUCUUCCGCCAGGCUCUGACUGGUCCACUCAUGAUCAACCGUACUUGUAUUCUGGUUACCCACAAUGUUGCUCUCACUGUUCCCCAGGCAGACCAUGUUGUGGUCCUUGAGAACGGAAAAAUCAGCGCCCAGGGUCGCCCUGAUGAUGUUGCUGCUACUGGCGCUCUCGGUGACGAGUUCUUCAAGUCUCGACCCGGAUCCCAUGCUAGUUCCCGCGGCCUGUCCCGUAUGCCCUCUGACACCGAGGCGGAAGAUGAGGCCAAUGGUCACGAGCCGACAGGAGCCAAUGGAUCAGCCAACGGAACCGCAAAGAAGGACCAAAAGGAUGAUAAGGGCAAACUGCAAGAGUCCAAGGCUGUUGGUAACGUCAAGUGGUCCACGAUCACCAUGUAUCUGGGUUCCAUGGGCCAGUGGUACUAUUGGAUCGCAGCCGUUGCAGUAUUCUGUUUGCAGCAGCUGGGCUCUGUAUCAACAAACAUUUGGAUCCGAGAGUGGGCGAAUGCAUACCAGACUUCUAACCGAGGUGUAGAAACCGAUGUUGGUCGUUAUGCCGCUGCUGCUCACUUGAAGCCCCCGACUUUCAACGUUGGCAGUGUUUCAAAGGUCAGCACUUGGAGUCCUCCGCAACUCUCAAUUAGUGUAAACCCCACAAGCCCUACCACUCCUGAUGGUCAGGUUAACGUUGGUUACUACUUAAUGGUCUAUGCCCUCCUGGGUGUCGGUUACAUUGCUAUCUCUCUGACUCGUGAGGCUGUCCUGUUCUGGGGAUCCCUUCACGCUUCUUGGAAGAUUCAUGACCGCCUCUUGAAGACAGUCAUGCAUGCCAAGUUCCGCUUCUUUGAUUCCACGCCGCUCGGUCAACUCAUGAACCGAUUCUCCAAGGAUGUUGAAUCUCUUGAUCAGGAAGUUGCGCCUGUGGCCAUCGGAAUGCUGCAUAGUCUCGCUUCUGUGAUUAUGAUUGUGAUUCUCAUUUCUAUUAUUACCCCGGGAUUCUUGAUUGCAGGAAUUUUCAUUACCCUCGUGUACACCGCUUUGGGAGCUAUCUACCUAAACUCUUCUCGUGAUCUAAAGCGACUUGAAUCUGUGCAGCGAAGCCCAUUGUACCAACAGUUCGGAGAGACUUUGAAUGGUAUUGUUACAAUUCGUGCUUAUGGUGAUGGCCCUCGAUUCAUUGUUGAUAACCAUCGCCGCAUCAACGCUUAUAACCGACCUCAUAUCUACCUCUGGGCUAGCAACCGCUGGCUCGCGCUUCGAGUGGACUGGACUGGUGCUUUGGUAUCUUUCUUCUCCGCUACAUUCGUCCUCAUCAAUGUUGGAAAGAUCGAUGCUGGUGCUGCUGGUCUUUCCCUGACUUACGCUGUUACCUUUACGGAGAACGUGCUUUGGCUCGUCCGUCUGUAUUCAGAGGUUCAGCAAAAUAUGAACUCGGUUGAGCGUGUGAGAGAGUAUCUGGAAGUCGAUCAAGAGGCCGCUCCUGUCAUUCCUGAGUCACGACCAUCCAAAGACUGGCCGACCGAAGGUGCAGUAGAGUUCGUGGGCUACAGCACCCGCUACCGACCUGACCUGGAUCCUGUUCUGAAGGAAGUCUCCUUCUCCGUCAAGGCUGGCGAAAAGGUCGGUAUUGUUGGUCGCACAGGUGCUGGUAAGAGUUCACUUGCCCUGGCUCUUUUCCGCGGACUGGAAGCCGAGAAGGGUCAGAUUUUGAUUGAUGGCGUCGACAUUGGUUCUAUUGGUUUGCGGGAUCUUCGUGAGGCUAUUACCAUCGUGCCUCAAGACCCGACCUUGUUCACUGGCACCAUUCGAAGCAAUUUGGAUCCGUUCGGCCUGUUUAGUGACGAGGAGAUCUUCACGGCGAUCCGUCGUGUGCACCUCAUCGGAGCCACUGCCUCCGGUACCACAACCCCCAUGACUGAAAGCACUUCUACCGCCGUCGAAACCAACGGUACAGCCAACGGAACAGCCGACGGCAGUGCUGUGACUGUCGCAGACAACAAGAACAUCUUCCACAACCUAGACAGUCUUGUCUCUGAAUCCGGAUCCAAUCUAUCCCAGGGCCAGCGUCAGCUUCUGUGUCUUGCUCGUGCACUCCUCAAAAAGCCCCGUGUUCUCAUGAUGGACGAAGCCACCGCCUCGAUCGAUUAUGCCACCGAUGCAAAGAUCCAGGAAACCCUCCGUGAACUACAUGAUAGCACAAUUAUCACAAUUGCUCACCGUCUUCAAACAAUCAUCGACUACGACAAGGUCCUAGUCCUUGAUCACGGCCGCGUCAUUGAAUUCGAUCACCCCUGGACUCUGAUCAACCGUGACGAAGGUCUAUUCCGCAGCAUGUGUGAUAACAGCGGUAACAUGGAUGUACUCCUCGAUGGAGCCAAACGCGCCUGGGUGCAAAAGCGUCUAGUCGAUGAUUCCUAA